AUGGCUUCUUCCUUACAAACCACAGCUAUACUUUCUUCUUCUUCUUGUUAUUCUCUAAGGGCAGUCAACGCUUCCAUCCAUGUCCCAAAACCUCCUCGAGUUUCUUAUUCGGUUCCAAAAGUACCAACAAGAAAGAUGCAGCAGAUUGAGGAAUUUAAUGGGUCCAUAGACACAACCCCAUUAGAGAAGAAUGUCAUCACCACGCAAAUAUACGAUGGUGUAUACAACAACCCCAACAUUAAGCCUAAGGCCACUGUUCAGCUCUAUGCAAUUCUAGAGGAAGUAGCUGACAGAAUUGAAAUGCACAGCAACCUUGUCCAACAACGGGACAACUGGAACAAUCUUCUUUUAAACUCCAUCAAUAUGAUGACUCUCACUGCCACAGCCAUGGCUGGUUUUGCAGCCACAAGUGGUGGUGACAGUGCACCGCUUUUCUCUCUGAAUCUAUCGUCAGCUCUUUUGUUUUCUGCAGCCACAGGGAUGUCGCUUGUCAUGAACAAAAUUCAACCCUCACAACUCGCUGAGGAACAACGCAAUGCAACUAGGUUGUUUAGAAAGCUUCAGACCCAAAUCCAAACCACAAUUGCACUUGGAAAUCCUACAGAGGAAGAUGUGAAGGGUUCAACGGAGAAGGUUUUGGCCCUUGACAAAGCUUAUCCACUUCCCUUGUUAGGGGUUAUGCUUGAUAAAUUUCCUGCAAAAUUUGAACCUGCUGUUUGGUGGCCUUCCACUCAGUUCCAAAGGGAAAAUAAAACCCACCAAGGAUCAAAAGUGGAGAGCAAGAAUAAUGGAUGGAGCAAAGAACUAGAAAUGGAAUUGAGAGAGGUUAUUGAAGUGAUAAAGAGAAAAGACGCUGAGGACUAUGAGAGGCUGGGAAACAUUGUGCUAAAGAUCAAUAAGACUUUGGCGAUAGCAGGGCCUUUACUCACUGGCAUUGCAGCAGUGGGUUCUUCCUUUGUAGGGAAUGGGUCAUUGGCAGCUAUAGUGCCUGUUAUGGCUGGGUCAUUGGCUGCUGCAGUUAAUGCUUUUGAGCACGGUGGACAAGUAGGCAUGAUAUUCGAAAUGUAUAGAAACUGUGGUGGAUUCUUCAAGUUGUUGGAAGAGACAAUUGAAGCAACACUUGACAAAGACUUGGACAAAAGAGAAAACGGUGAGCUAUUUGAAAUGAAGGUAGCAACGCAGUUGGGAAGAAGCGUUUCGGAGCUUAGACAACUUGCCUCAAAAUCUACUUCCUAUCGCGUGGAAGGAAUUGCCAUAGAUGAAUUCGCAAGCAAGCUUUUUUAA